AUGCCGCGUGUUAGAGCCGGUCCAGGCUUCUCCGGCCUCAUAGGGUCUGACUCUGAGCCCGAUUUCGAUAACUUCCAUACGGCAGUGUCUUCGUCAUCACUGGCUCCCGGAAAGUCUAUGGGAAUUACCAAGUCACGCGGUCGACCGCUGGCAAACGCUCACAAAGUUACCAAGCCCGCCCCGAAAGGUGUCCAGCAAACGAAUGGCACUGCGACAGCCCGACAAGCCCUCCAGGACAAAACUGGCAGCGCAGAUACGAAUGGAAGAUCGUGCAGACACGCAGACAAUUCCCACAUGGAACCCGAUCUUGUAAAGCCAACGCAGCCAGCACGCGCCCGACCCAAAACCACCAGUAUUGCACCAACCAAGGCCAGCUACAAGCCUACAACUACACAAGGCCCACCACCUAAGGCGCAACAUGUCCCGGAAGAAGACGCGUUCGAAACAGGCCGAGAAGAGUCUAUGGAAGUGGAUGAGAUUGGUCAGGUCGAACGCAAGGUUGAGGAAGAGUUUGAGGACAAACUGGAGGACGACCGCGUGGAAUCCGUGGGGCCCAACAGGACAGGGAGAAAAACUUCUGCGGAUGACGGUUCAGGUGAUGUCAGUUUGCGACAGCAACUCGAAGAACUCGGCCGGCGCUAUGAGAGCCUAGAAUCAAGAUACAAAGAACUUCGCGAGGUUGGGGUCAAGGAAGCAGAGCGCAACUACGACCGUCUCAAGAGGCAAGCAGACGAGAAUAGUGCUGGUAAGUACUAUGUACGUAGUUUCGAUAGCACACACAAUACUGAUACACUUUUUUUGACAGCCUCAAGCAAGCUCAUAUCUGAGCUGAGAGCCGAGCUGGCAGCAAGGUCUUCUCUGGGCAGGAAGUUAGAGACCACCGAGACCCGAUGCGACGACUUGCAGGUCAAGGUCGACCAGCUUAGCACUAGCCUAAGUGAUGCCCGGUCAGAAAUCAAGACAUUGAACACCAAGCUGGCAGCGGCACGGAACGCCGAGAUUAGUGCCAAGGUGAAUGGGAGCACCAUGAAAGCAAAUGGCGGAUUCAGAGGUCCUCCUACGGAAGUCGUCCAAACCGCACAGGCCAAGGAAGACUUAUACGGUGACCUUACUGGACUUAUCGUCCGGGGCAUGAAGCAUGAGGGAAAGGAAGAUGUAUUUGACUGCAUCCAAGCUGGCCGCAACGGGACCUUGCAUUUCAAGCUGGCCCUGGAAACAGCAGAUGCCAGUGGAAACUACGAAGAUGUCCAGUACACGUACCGUCCACAGCUCGACCCUGGUCGCGACGGUGAACUGAUGGAUAUUCUGCCUUAUUACCUUUUGGAGGAGAUCACUUUCCCACGGCCUCACGCAUCCAAAUUCUACAGCCGGGUAACCAAGUCACUUUCAGAAUCGUUAGGCUAA